AUGCAGGUUGGGGAGAAGUGUCGCAUCAAAUGGUUUUUGUGCAACAACUCAGAUGAUGCAACUUUGUUUCCAUUUGAACAGCGGCGACGCAGCAUAGUUCGCCACCCUAUGAACAAUCGGCAGCAGCGGUCGGUGAAGUCCACAUACGUCCAGAGCGUGAAAGCCCGUGGAGUAUGUGAAGGAGUUCGAGGAGAAGCAUGGAUGAUUCAACCGUCGCCGCAAAGUGAUGUGGGACAGCAACAGUCGCCUUACCUUGCCCUAUCCUAUGGUAGCCUGUCAGAGGCUUUCUACCAGGCGUUGAUUGAUGAAGGGUCCAAUCCCAACUUGCUCAUGAGCUUGAAGAGAGGCCUCGAGGUGAGACUCCUACAUCACAGAACACCUCCAGACGUGAUCAGAUUUCUCAUUCAUUACCACAAUGGAUUCCAUGCUGGUAGUGGCACUUCGUUCUGCGAGUUGGUCGCAAUGGUUCCAGAUGUCGAGGCUGCCUUGUCGCAUUGGAAGCAGGGCAAUGGCAUCAACUGGUCGCAAAAGGAUUACGAGAACAAGUGUGCCCAAUUUAUCAAAGACCAUGCAGAGUUUGGUGAGCUCUUUCCAGAGUGGAAACUUUGGGAAUCAGCGCGUUACUGCCACCGGUUCUUUUCGAAGCUUCACUUGAUGUCAGAGUUCAACGACAUGAUGUCAAAGAAUGUGGAUUUCUUGCACCCCCGGCUUCACAAUGGAGUUGUUCUGCAGUGUAUCCAGCAUGUGACAAACUCGGUGACUACUUCGUUGUAUGACGGUGUCAGUGAGCAAGAUCACAAUUUCCUGAUCCUGCUGCUCUCCAAGAUGUGCGUUCCUACCCUCCAUGCCAACGGUGAAUCGCAAUGGAUCUUUGAUGUUGCCACGAAGAAGGUCCUUGUGUCAAGGAUCUACACAGUCAUGACUGGUUCGGUGGUCACUGUGGGGAAGAAAAAGAAUGACAACAAGAAGCGCGGAGCUGACAAGGAGAACAUGAAUGCGAACAAACGUGCUCGCGUCACUCCUGGAGGAAAGGCCAAAGCAAAAGCUAAGAGUGCAGCACUUGCCAUGCCCAAUAUCCCAGACGAGAAGGAUUUGAACUCUACAACCAUAGAGUGCACGCUGGGUGUGCGCAACAAGUUGUGGAUUGACGAUCUUCUCAAGUGUGCAUCACAUGUCUCCAGCAAUGUGGCUUCGAAUUUCGGGAUUGCCGACUCUGAGGCAAUCCUCAACCUGAAGAUGCACCUGAUCGAAAUGGGCCUCAUGUUUGCAUUCAAAGAGCAGAUCAUGAUGGAGACCCAGAAAGGUCCCAAGCUGUUCAGGAAAUGGUCGACGAUGCGACCGGCAUUGAAAGAGCACGCGCAGAUCUACAUGUUGAAGGUAUGCCUGUAUGAAAUGAUUUCGGGUUAA